CACAAGAGACCUAGGCUCAUCCUUGAUUGUAGUUGUAGAGAACAAAUAUAAUCACCAUAUUUGGUGAAAACUUAGAAAGCCACAUAGAUUACCCAAGGCAAUAUUACUUAAAUCUGAGUGGUACCAAUGAACUUAAUUCCUUCUAUAGGAGUUUCGUACCUUUGAAUUUCAAUUGUCGCCUAAUAUGACCUUCAAUUGAAUGAACAUCUAUAGUCGAGUAUUUGUUCUCGAAGGAGGCGGCGAAUGAAGGGGAAAAUAAAAGUACAGAAAUGUUAGAUCAUUCCAACACUUUUUGCUGGUGGUGGUUUGGUAAUGGUUAAAAAACUUGUUGAGGCAAAUGUGUUAGGAAAAUCUAAAUUUGAGUAUUACUAUGUUUUAGUGUGAAAAAAGUGUCAUAUUAUCGCGUCAUUCUUCCGCACAAAAUGGGCUUCUCUUCUGGAUUUUCUGAACAACAGAAAGAAAAAGAAAAGCAGCAACAUUCCCCCACUGGAGAAUGAAUGAUGACACGACGGCGACCACCCAACCCAAAAUCCACUCUACCCGCCACCAUAAAUGGCACACAAUGCGCCAUCUCUUCUCUUUCUCCGAAUCAUACAAACUUCCUUCUCUCCCUUCAGUUGCCAAGAACAAGAAGAGACUCUGCCGCCGCGUGCACACUUGACUUCCCCCGUUUACUCGAUUCACCUCUCUUGAUCAUGGCGGUUAGAGGCAUUGUUUUGGCGCUGGUGUUGGCAAUGGCUGUGCUCCAUCAUGCCCAUGGAGCCGUUCACAAGGUCAGAGACUCCGCCGGCUGGACCACGAUUGGGAGCCCCGAUUACAAGCAGUGGGCUGUCACCAAGACCUUCCAGCUCGGCGACGUUAUCCAUUUCGAGUACAACCCACAAUUCCACAACGUGAUGAGAAUGACACACGCCAUGUACAGGGCCUGCAACGCCACAUCACCAUCAGCCACAUACACCACAGGGAACGAUUCCAUCACCAUAACCACCCGCGGCCACCACUACUUCAUCUGUGGAUUCACCGGCCACUGCCAGUCCGGCCAGAAGGUCGACAUCAACGUCCUCCCAACCACCACCACCGCCGCCGGUACACCUUCAUCAUCUCCCAUGGCCGCACCAACUCUGCCCUCUGCACAAUCCCCUGGCCCUUCUCCAAACACCGCUGCCUCGUCCAUGGCUUCCAUCGCCCUCGCUAAAGUUCUUCUCCUCGCCUUGGCCAUCCUCGGAUUCGCAUGAUUUUGGCGCCCAUCAGUCGAAGUGUGUACACUUUAGUUUAGUUCCCCACCUUCUCUCACAAUCGUUCUUUCUCUGUGUACUGAUAAUUGUUGGGUAUUAGCGGAAGUAAUGGUAAUUUAGGAUCAACACAAAGGAAACAAUUGGUGUUUAAUCACUCAAUUUAUGAUUCACUCAAACAAACAAGUCCUUAUUCA